AAGUCAGGUAUCUCACGGGCGGAGAGCAAGCUGGUUCUAUCACUUUGUGCAGCUAAAGUCGUUUUGCAACCAAGGAACAUGCACCUCCAAGGCGCAUUUUCGUUUCAAUUGGUCAUUUAUUGCCUCGCCGUCGCCGUCGUGAGGGCCGACUCCGACGACGACAUCAUCAAGAAAUAUGGGAUAGAUAUGAGCGACUGGGCACUCAUUCCCGACACCGAGUCGGGCGUGAAAUGCACCGACGACCAUGCCGGCUGGUCCGGCGACUGUGCCAUGAUCGACGACGACUGGAUCAAGAAUACUGACCUCCCCGGUGUCGAUGAGCAGCAACGUCCCAUUAUUUGCUACAACACGUGCUGCGUGAUAGGCCACCACAAAGAUGGCGACCCGGAGAUCCACGUGAACGAGAUGGCGCAGUUCGGGAACGACGCAAACCUGCACUGCAACGGACCCAAUGAACAGACCUGGAUCAGAGGCACAGACGAGAACUGGAAGUCGUCCAAGGGGGGGACUUUCAAGAUGUGCAUGAUCAACAAGGCUUCAGGCAACAAGUGUUGAGUUUCGUAGCUCUGUCAUUGUAACCUAUAGGUUUGUCGCGACACACGUCCGUAUGUGUGUGGUCGAGGAAGCUGUUCAUUUCAA